AUGCCAUUUUCCUUGACUUCUAAGUUUGCAGCGGUACAUACUCUAACCCUGUUUUUCAAAAUCUGUGUUCCAGGUUCAGCGGUUCUGGCUCUCCUGUUAGCUGGCUAUUUAGCACAGCAGUAUUUACCAAUGCCUACACCAAAAGUAAUUGGGAUUGAUCUUGGCACGACUUAUUGCUCUGUUGGUGUCUUCCUUCCUGGAACAGGACAAGUGAAGGUUAUUGGAGACGAAAAUGGGCACAACAGCAUUCCAAGUAUAGUAUCUUUCACAGACAAAGAUGUUUAUGUAGGAUAUGAUGGCCUAGAACUGGCUGAUUCAAAUCCUCAGAACACUAUUUAUGAUGCAAAAAGAUUCAUUGGGAAAAUCUUCACUCCAGAAGAACUGAAAAGUGAAAGUAGCAGGUAUCCUUUUAAGAUUUUCAACAACAACGGAUCAGCUGAGUUUUCUGUGGCAACCAAUGAAACCUUUCAUGUCACUCCAGAGUAUAUCGGCUCUCAGCUGCUGCUGAAAUUGAAGAGAAUGGCAGAAGACUAUUUGGGUAUGCCUGUUUCAAAGGCAGUCAUCUCUGUGCCAGCAGAGUUUGACGAAAAGCAACGGAAUGCUACCAUUAAGGCAGCUAACCUUGCAGGGCUAGAAAUUUUGCGAGUAAUUAAUGAACCCACUGCUGCAGCUAUGGCUUAUGGACUCCACAGAGUUGAUGUGUUUAAUGUCCUGGUGGUGGAUUUGGGUGGAGGAACAUUAGAUGUUUCUCUGUUGAACAAGCAGGGAGGGAUGUUCCUCACACGAGCCAUGGCAGGUAACAACAAACUCGGAGGACAGGAUUUUAAUCAGAGGUUGCUGCAGCACUUGUAUGCUGAGCUCCAUCAAAGGUAUGGUUCUCUACCAUCAAGAAAAGAAGAAAUACAUCGACUCAGACAGGCUGUGGAAGCAGUUAAAUUAAAUUUGACUGUGCAUGAGGCCUCUGCGAUAAGGCUGUCAUUGACUAUCCCAGAAAAGACUACAGAAGAUCUUCCAGAAAGUGUGCUGAACAAAAAUACUGUGCUUAAAGACAAGUCUUCACAAGUAACAAAAGAUAAGAAAAAUCUGGUAGGACAUGGUUCACAAGUGCAGAACAACUUUGUCAAAGUUGUGUUUGAAACAGAAAUCUCUAGGAAGCUAUUUGAGAUGUUGAAUGAGGACCUUUUCGAAAAGAUUCUUGUGCCCAUUGAACAGGUGUUGAAGGAAGGCCAUCUACACAAAGCAGAAGUGGAUGAAAUUGUGUUAGUUGGGGGCUCCACACGGAUUCCUCAAAUACGCAAAGUUAUUCAAGAUUUCUUUGGAAAGGAACCUAACACAUCUGUAGAUCCUGAUCUAGCAGUUGUAAUGGGUGUAGCUAUCCAAGCAGGAAUCGUUGGUGGGUCCUGGCCUCUCCAAGUUAGUGCUAUAGAAAUUCCUAAUAGGCAUUUACGGAAAACUAAUUUUAACUGAAAAU